GCGCUCCAGAGAAACAAGAAUAGGAACAUCGCCUCGAUCGCUUCUGAAUUACAUACUCUCGCUUGAAACGCCCGGUAAGGCUCGGCUUACUCUAGCUGCUAAAGCUGAACGUGGUCUAUGCUACAGGAGAGAUCGCUGUCUGUCAUAGCUUGUACAUAAGUUGAUUGACUUGUUGAGCCUCCUAUUGUCUUCCCCUUUUGUCGGGAAAUAUACACGCGCCUUCAGACGUCAACCUUCCUUGGCUCGGUGAUCGCGUGUCUGCCCACCUUGCCUAUUCGCACGAGGAAGUGUUCAUGAUCGUGAACUAAAUCGAAGAUAUCAUUUCCCGGCUUCACUCGCUUAGCAACUACCUCGAAUCUUCGGCUUUCUGUACAUAUUAUAUAUACCUACAUAACGACUUAUGCGACUCGGCCAUCGAUCCCGCUAGCGAUUACCCAGUACUUUCCAUAAAUAUUUUGAUAUUACUCACAUAUAUACAUAAUACUUUAAUAAUGCUUCGAACGAUACCCACGGUGGCCUUGGCCAUACUCGGCGCCUCGACCGUAUUGGCUCAAACCGCACCGACGUGCUCAUUGACCCAGAAGUGCCCGGAGGAUACUCCGUGCUGUUCUCAAUAUGGACAAUGUGGUGUUGGCGCAUACUGCCUAGGAGGAUGUGACCCGCGCAUGUCCUUCUCCCUAGACGCGUGCGUGCCAGCGCCUGUGUGCCAGGAUAGAACGAUGAAGAUGGACACCACAGACCGAAUCGUUGAUGUCUCGAAAUACCUCGGUGACGCUGACAAGGCCGACUGGGUUGCGCAGGGUAGUCCGGUCGCCCACAAGGGCAACGUGCUUUUAACCAUGCUCCCUCACACUGCUGGAACUGUACUCGCUUCAACCGCUUACAUGUGGUACGGAAACGUGAAGGCACAAAUGAAAACGGGGCGCACCGCCGGUGUUGUUACUGCCUUCAUCCUGCUCAGCGACGUGAAGGACGAAAUUGACUUUGAGUGGGUUGGUACCGAGUUGGAUAUUGCGCAGACCAACUACUAUUUCCAAGGCAUACCUGACUACACUCAUUCCAAAAACAUCACAGGCCUCACGGACACCAACCAGGAAUGGCACACAUACGAGAUCAGGUGGACCCCCGAAAAAAUUGAGUGGUAUGUGGAUGACGUCCUUGGACGCUCUUGGGAGAAGUCAAAGACAUGGAACUCUACAACGAACCAAUGGGACUUUCCGCAGACACCAUCUCGCGUCCAGCUCUCGAUCUGGCCCGGCGGUGAUGAGAAGAACGCGAAGGGUACGGUGGACUGGGCCGGUGGUGCGAUCGACUGGGACAGCGACGACAUCAAGAAGGACAAGUACUACUACGCCACUCUCGGCGAAGUGAGCAUCGAAUGCUACAAAACCGACAGCGCACCUGGUACCAACUCAGGCAAGAGCUAUAUCUACAAAGAUGCCAAGGGCACAAACGACACCAUUGAGGAUGGAGAUGCCAACACGGUCCUCAAAUCCCUCGUGGGUACCGGCUUGGAUAUGGACAAAGAUUACCCAAAUUCGAGCGACAAUUCGGGCGACCAGGGAGUCAUCCCCGGUCUGAGCGGUGGUGGUCCCGGCACUAACGGCCAGGCGGCCGGCGGAUCCUCCGGCACGGGUACCAGCGACGGCUCUACCAGCUCCAGCAGUUCUGCCAAUCCCGCUUGCUCACAGGGCUUCCAGCAGGUCUGUGGUGGCGAUACCACGAACGAAGGAGUCCGACAAGAACGUAGCCUGGGUGCGAGUGCGUUCGCAGCUCUCGUUGCCGUUGGCGGUAUGCUCUGGAUUUAGAUGAGGAUGGAGGUUGAGCAUGAGGGGUGAUACGCUCGUCACUUUAUAUACCGAUCUAGGAUACGAUUUGAGUACAGGGGUCGUCUCGAGUAUGACUGGGUGGGUUGGGUGUGCAUGGGGAUUGACUCACGUGUCAAGAGAUAU